CUCGCUAUCAGGCCAACAUGUCAUCUUUUCUUCAAUAACCUUGGAUUCGGCAUCGAAUGUGGCUCUUGCGGCAUUGAUGACGGCAGUGAUAUGUCUUUUGGAAAGAUUACUGGCCUGCGCUCAAGCAAAACAAUGGACGCCGUGUCAGGUCCUCAGAAGUUCCCAAGCAACUCUUGCAAUGUGGCGUGCUGCUACUUUUGGGGCCACGACAUCUCUGCGAUUGAUAUAUAUGCUAAUUGCCAUGACAUUUCAUGCAGGGCUUAUACUCACCAUUGUCACAUCGCUCUCUCUGGGACAGUUUCUGAUCGAGUAUCGAGACGUUCAUGAUAAGGAUUUGCUUCCGGACGCACAUGGACAUGCAUACACCUCGCUACCUUCUGAGUCGUACGCGCUGAAAAACCCUGCACUAUCAUCGAGCGAGCAGUCAGACUCAGGUCUCGCUCCUAUGUAUCGCGAUGUACCCGCCUCUCCCGCGCCUCUCCCUUCAUCGACUCCUCAUCGUUCGAGGACAAGACCGGAAAGUAUCUUCAUACAUCCUAACGAGUCGAACAUCGCACGUGCGGAUGCUGUCGCGCUUCAGCUUGGCCUUAGCGGCGCCACAGACUUUGUCAGCAAUGCAGGUCUCGUCGCCGGUACUGCCUCGGCCGGAGUAGGGCAGUGGGAGACAGGAAAGGGCAAGGAUUUAGCGAGGGCAUUGCUGAGGCCAAAGUGAGCGCCCUGGCCGAAUGCCGAUUUGACAUCCGUGAUAUGUUCGCUGUGUUCGACCUCGCCCCUUCGUGGUUGCAGGGCAACCAGUAUACCUUCUACGUACGCUAUCCUCAUCAUUUGUCACCAAUCUGUCAUAGAAUGUAGUCUUAUUUACUCC